AUGGAUCCUCAAAGAAAAUCUGUUGCCGGGCCAAUAGCAAAGUCUAGUAUAAAAUCUUCGCGAAAGAGUUUGGCUGCAACUAGUGCAUUUUUAAGGCGUAAUAACUCAAAGAAAGGGGUUAUCACUGUACAUACAAGUACACCUAAAGUUGAACACCAUUCAUUUCAUGCUGAUCAAAAUCAAAUUUAUCAAGGAGAAGUUAAUCUUCUAUCUAUUAUAAAUACAAACAAAGAUAUCAUGUGUUGUAAAUAUACAGAAGAUAUUAAAGAUAUUGCCUUAGGUUUAUCGGACGGCACAGUCAGAUUAUUUGACUGUAUAAACGGUAACUGCUCACAUACACUCGUCGACGAGGAAUUUCGAAAUUACCCCGGUCCUGUGACUGCCAUUAAGCAUCGUCCUGUCAACCCGUCGCACCCUAUAACUGACACAUUUUUAUCUUCAUAUAUCAAUGGUUAUAUAAAAUGUUGGAAGUAUAAUUAUGAACAAUGUUUAUAUACAAUAAAGGAAAAACGACAAACUUUGGGAUUGUGCUAUCACCCUCGUCAUUCUAAAUUCAUUACCUACGGAGACGACGCUAAACUAAACAUGUAUGAUGAGGAAACACAGACUCAAGAAAGAGCUUUUCAUGCCAGUGGUAAAAAAAAUAUGACAGACGGACAUUCAUCAAGAGUUUUUGCAUGCUCCUUUAAUCCCAGAUCGAACCAUGAGUUGAUCUCUGGCGGCUGGGAUGACGUAGUUAUGUGCUGGGAUGCCCGACAGCCGUACGCGACACGGUAUUUUUUUGGCGUGCAUUUGUGUGGUGAAGGAUUAGACUUUGACAAACCAGGCAAGCAGAUUUUAACAUGCUCCUGGCAAGAUAAUAACAGUAUUCAACUAUGGGAUUAUGGGUCAUGCAAAUUGAUUGAAACAAUUGUACCAGACCAUCACCAAUCGAAACUUUAUUGUGGAAAAUUCGUGCCCAAAACUAAUUUGAUGGUAUGUGGUGGCACGGAUAAUAAUAUUCUUCGUGUAGUGGAUGUCAAAAUGAAGACAACGGAGUGUUCAAUAAGAAACAAUCCAGGUGGCAUAUAUGUAUUUGAUUAUGGAACAGUACGAAGAAAACCUAAAAAGGAUGCGGAUGGUUUUAAAAAAGGAAAUGAUUUAAAGAAUAUACCUCGUGUGGCAUUUGUAAGCGGAAAGAAACUGCAAAUUGUAGAUUUUGGCUAG